AUGGGUGCUCAAUUUGAUGCUACCGUCACCGGUGUACUCGGUAUCGUUACUGCUGUCCUUUAUGCUUUGGCAGGUAUAGCUGCUUCCGUCGCUUACAACUCGUCACACUUUGACUCCUACCUGACCGAUCAUCCAGGUAGAGUCAUUAAUGCCAUCUUUCUAUUUGUCGGCGUCUUUCUUGCUCAAGUAUUACGUCAAGUCUUUCCUAAAUUUCACUUCUUUUCACUUCAAUUCAUGAUCAUUCAAAUCUUUUCCAUGACAAAGGGUAUUAAUUAUCUCGAUAUACCUUAUUCUUUACCUUUAAAUUAUGGCGUACCCUUAUUAAUUGGUCAUGGUAUUUCAUUGGUGGUCAAUUUGGUUUGUUGGCCCGAAACGGCCGUCGAUGGCUUAGGUCGUGCAUUAAAAGAAACAAUUACAAGUAGUCGGGAUAUGCUGCACAUGAUUACCAAGCAAUUCUUUCUGGACCCUCAAUCCGACCCUGUUGCUGAAUCUGUUGUGAAUGAAGCAGCGGCGAAAAUGCGUAUGGGCAUGACCAAAGUGAAAACCGCUUAUAAGGAAGCCAAGUAUGAAAUUUCUUAUGCGUUUAUCCGACCUCAACAAUUAGGUUAUAUCCGAAAAUCCUUGGGUCGUUUAACCAAACAUUUAUCCAUCUUGGGUGGAUGUUUAAAAACCGAACGCGAAUUAUUUGAAAGUGCUUUGGAGGCUUUACAGGCUGAAAUGCAUGAUUUUGAUAGUGACACAGAUGCUGAAUCUCAGGCACCCGCCGCCGCCGCAUCGAGUACGACACAGGCCGGCAACGGUUACCAUAGCGAUACGGAAGAGCAUCCACGCACAUCGUAUAGCGAAGAAGAUUUGAACUUGCUAAGAACCGCUUUACGUGCUACAAAUGACUAUAUCAGUGGUAGCAGGUACAGUAGUCGACAACCCAGUGCCAACCCAAGUCCUCGUGCCUCACAUACCCCUUCGCGCGUCAAUUCACGCAACACGUCCGCCAACAAUUCCGAAGAUGAAGAUUAUGCAGAUCAAAAUCAAAAAUCUGUCAACUCCAUUAAAUCCUUUCUGAAUUUACCCCGUCUUUCUAUACCCAAGCCAAAACCGCCCAAAAAGACCAAGAAGCAGACCGAAUACCAUCAUCGCCAUUUACUCAUGACCUAUCUUGAGAGUUUACGAGACCCAUUGAUGGAACUUUCCUUGGACUGUGCCAAUGCUCUUGAAUGUGUGUGUGAAAGUAUCGCUUCUGAAUUGGAUAUGGAUAACGAUGAUGAUGAAAGUAUUCGACAAACCUGGAAAUCUUUUUUACAACACACCCUCAACAUUGGUAAAAAGCAAGAUAUGUCAGAACGCGAUAAACGGUCCCUGGAAAGACAUAAGGGCAAUGAAAAGUGUAAUUGCUCUCAGGGGAUUCGGUUAGCCAUUAUUCAAUUUGACAAGGCAGAAAGAGAACGUAUGCAUGCUCUCUAUGAAAUCAAUAAAGCAAGAAUGGGUAGAGAGGCCCUGGAUUUGGGAAUGCGUCAGGAACUCUUUUUGGUGUUUUUUUUCAUCUUUACCAUGCGUGAAGUGGCAAACGAGUUGCAGGAAAUGACGUUGCAUAUGGAUGAACUCAGAUUGUAUUCACGAAAAGCAAGCUUUCAAGGAAAGAAACGAAAGCAUCUUUACAUGCCUGUCUUGAGCCCUAAAAUGUGGCAAAAAUGGGCUAAAGGCACUAACCAUCAAAGUGUACGUGAUAAGGGUGGUUAUAGUUUCUCCGCUCUUACAAACCAUAUACCAAAGGAAGAACCAAAAAAGAACGAGAUGGGUGAACAAGAUCAAUUAGCCAAACUACAGAGUAAUAAUACACUGAUGCGAACCAAGAGUCGACGUGAAUCCAACGCAGCGACCAAAGUAUUGAAUGAAAACGAGACGAGUAGCCCAACGAUGAUGCGACACCGCAUGUCCUAUAUCGCGGACGAGGACGAUGAGAAUGACGAGAAAGGCAAAGUGCCUCGUGAAAUCCGUAUUCAGGUACCACAAAACUAUGUAGAAACGGACGACAACCCAGAAUUUCAUUUGGAUGCGGAAAAGACGCCCAUCAUGUUGCGUAUUCGAUACCGCAUUUGGCUCAAGAUUCAAUUUAUUUACAGUUAUGAAUUUAAAUUUGCGCUCAAGAUGGCGGCGGCAGUGUUGAUCCUCUGUAUACCUGCAUUUGUUCCCGAUUCCAUAGGUUGGUAUAGUUCGGUUCGAGGACAAUGGGCCCCCAUGACGGUGAUUGCCAUCAUGAACCCGACAAGUGGUGGAACACUGGAAGCGAGCUUUUGGAGAAUUGUGGGAACCCUAGUGGGGGCUUUUACGGGAUGGGCGGCUCUAGAAGCGGGCGACGGCAGUCCUUAUCUAUUGGCGUUAUUUGCUGUAUUACUUGCCAUUCCUUUUUUCUAUAUUCAUUUAGCCAGUACAUAUAAUAAGGUUGGUAUUGUGUGUUUAACGACAUAUAUGGUAGUUGCGCUGAGCAGAUAUGCAUACCCAAUUCCUGGUGAAACCAUUGCAUCCACAGUAUGGAUGAUCUGGCCGUUUGUUGCGCGUCACAUGGUACGUAAAUCGAUUGCAGGAUGUUUGGGUCAGCUUGAAGACUAUUACACGUAUGUCAUGGGCACGUUCCUAUACCAUGAUCCAGGCAGUAUUCCAACAGAUGCCGAAAUCACACGAGGCGAAAAGAUGGAGAGUAAGAUCCAGUCAGCGAUUGAUGCAUGUUCUGUGUUGUUAGAAUUGACGGAUCAUGAACCCCGUUUUCGAGGACCCUUUGCAAAGUUAUUUUACAAGGAAAUGAUUGUUUCUAUGCGUAAUUUGUUGGAUCGUAUGCUUAGUAUUCGUGUUGCAUUAUUAAAGAUGCCGGUGAUUGUCAAGCAUGACAUUUGUGAGAAGGAGUAUCACGUUGACCGCCGUGACAUGAUUGCAUCGAUGUUGCUCACGUUUCAUACACUUGCAGCUUCACUUCGAUCCAAGACACCUUUACCUGUGUACAUGCCUUCUGCACGUGCUGCACGCUGUAAACUUAUGGACCAUCGCCGAUCAGAUGUCAAGAAGACCAACUGGGUUAAAUUUCGGAACUUGACAUGGUUUGCUAUGGCUUGUUCAUCAGAAGAAAUGAUUGAUGAACUGGAGUAUCUCACUAAUCUUAUUCGCUAUAUCGUAGGCGAGAGUGAAUAUGCAGAUCGAGCUAAACGAAUUGAUGAUUUUGUCAAUUAUUCAAAUUCUGCGUCACACACCAAUAAUUAA